AUGAAUUACUAUAAGAAAAAUAAUAAUGGUUGGAUUUUAUGUCCAUCAAAAAGCUUUCCUGGUAAAUUUUACUAUUUUAAUGUUAAUAAUGGAGAAGCUGCUUGGAGUCUUACCGAAUUGGAUAAGCAAACUCUUAAAGACAUAGCUGUACCGAAAGUGACAAAUAAGUCUAAUAUUUAUCCAGAACCUAAUAGUCCCCCUGAAAAUAACACAGGGAUUUCAUUUAAUACAGACACAUCAUACAAGCUUCACCCUAACUGUAACAAAGUUUUAGAUCAAUCGAGUUUAGAGUCUCAAAUAUUUGGCCAAGGGUUUUUUCCCAAAUAUAUAUCAAAUGUUAACCCAUACAUGCCAAAUGUUAUGUGGACACCAGUACAGUUACCAACACCAAUGCUUGUGCCAAAUGUGCCAGAAGUAAAGAAACCAAUGUCUGAUCAAGUCACUCAGACACAAGAGUUUGAACAGGAAAGGCUUGUACAAGCAAGUGGAUUGUCUUUGUCAGAAAGGUUUCAUAUUUAUAAAAAUAAUAAUACUAAUGAGUCUUGUAAAAAUUCUAACAAUAAUGACAGUGAAAAUAUCUAUACACUUAACAAUAAUUGUAAUAGAUUGUUAAUACUUCGAAACAAGAAAUCAAAAGCAGCAAUUGACGGAAAUACUUUGUUAAGAGAGACAGUGCUAAAAAACUCUUUAAAUAUGAAAGUUAAAAAUUAUUCUGAUAAAAUCUCUCUAAAUGAGAAGGCUACUAAUUUGUUAAAUGAAACUGGAAAGCCUGAAAAAUUUGAUGAAAUAAAUCAAAUAAAAUUAGAUGAAUCAAUUGAUACCCCUCCCAAAAAAUUAGACAAAUCGGAUCUCAGACUACUCUUAGUAGCUAAGAAAGGGCAGAAAUUAAAAAUGGGGGACUCCUGUAAAAGGAAGUCAUUGGAAGACGAAAAUGUAAAUAAAAAUAUUACGAAUAUACAAAGUCAGAAUGUUCCUAAGAAGCGGGUCACUUUUAAUCUUGUAUCACAAUGCGAUGAGGAGGCAAGCGAUGGCGGAGACACUCGAAAUAGAAUGAAAUCCCCAACUGAAGUAAUACACAUAUUAAAGAAUUUAGGAAAAGCAUCCAUGCAUGUCAGUAUUUGGUUUAUUGUAGCGGAUUUAAAUGUUCUACUGAACGAGUUUGAAUACAUCGAGAGUUUUGUGCGAAAUGUACAAGAACCGGAGCAAGAUCUGAGUGUAUCGGUUUCUGUAGAAAUUAUGCAUUGCUGUCUUAAAUUAAUAGAAGAUAAACAUCAUGUGGUUUUGAUAACCACCGACACUGAGCUUUAUGCUGAAGGUAUAGCUCUAAAUGUUCAUUGCUACAUGCUUGAGCAAAUAAAAGCUGGUGUAGUAAAUAUACUAUUACAAUCUUCCUUCAAUUGUGAUAACUCUCGAAGUAACAAUAAAAGCUUAGAAAAUGUACCGUUUCUGGAGGAAACACAUAAUUUUCAACCAUUUAUUUUAAAAAGUAACGAAAGAUUGAUUGAGUCAAAAGAAAAUAUAACUACUUACAAUUUAAAGAAUUUAAAAGUUGGCUAUUCAGAUCUUAAAAGAAUCGUUCAUAACGAAAAAUGUGAUUUAAAAAACUAUUCAGAACUAUGUCACGAUAAAAGAGUUUGGAAAAUUGAUAAUAAUAAUUGUGAAAAAUCCCUGAGUAAAAAUAAAAGCUUAGAAAAUAUACAUUUGCAGAAAGUACAUAAUUUGCAGCCAUAUGUUUUAGAAAAUAAGGAAAGAUUGAUUGAGUUGAAAGAAGAUAUAACUACUCGAGAUUUUCAGAAUUUAAAAGUUAGCUAUUCAGACAUUAAAAGAAUCGUCCGUAAUAAAAAAUGUGAUUUAAACUACUAUUCAGAACCAUCUCACAAUGAAAGAGUUCUGAAAAUUGAUCUUAAUAAUCCUGUGAAUUCAAAUUUAGAAAAAUGUAAUUCAAAUACCACCCAAUUACAGCCAUAUAAAGAAACUAACUCAUUGAAUCAAUUUGUAACUAAUUCUUCAAAAGAAUCUAAAACUCAAAGGAAUGCAAAUGUUGAUUAUAAUCAGGUUAACAGAUUGUUAAAUGUUAAAAAAACCAUAUUUAAUGCAGAUGUUUCAACUCACAAUGAUAUUUCAGGAAACCAUAAAAAUAAUGCGUGUAUUGAUAUUAAAAACAAAAAGUAUGUUGAUAAAAAUAUAAUUUCUAGUGAUGGUUCAGAAAUUUAUGAUUCCUUGUGUCUAAGAAAAUUUAAUUCUUCUACCACUCGAAAACAUAUAAGAGAAGAUAAUAAUAUAGAUGAUUUUGAAGAUCCAGCGAUAUCUAUAGAAUUGAGUUUGUAUGAAAAACUAAAACAGUUCCAAUUGAAGAGCAAAGUGAUAGAAGACCGAAUAACUUUGCGGGCAGAUGAAUGGAUUUGCACUUUUACGCAAAUCAUGGAGAAUUUUAUGGUAGAUUUACUAAGAGAUGAAUCGGUUUCUAGUAUAAAUCCAUGCACAAUACUCGAAACUGCAGAUGAUGUAGCUAAAUUAUUUGAUGAUCACCCACCGAUCAAAAUAGCUGCCUAUGGAUUAUCGGCGUUAUAUAAUUUAAUAAAUCCGAAUGGUAAACUUCAAGCAAACAUAAAUCCUAAUGAUGUUUUAAAAACAAUAGGAUGUGGAAAGCUUUUGGUGGAAUCAAUUAAGACUAUUAGACCAAAUUCGGAAACUUUGAAGGAGACGGAAGAGUUGCUGGUCUACUUACUUCAUUGUAUAGAAAACCCUGAAACUGAUCCAAAGCACUUAGAAUUUACACAAACUCCACCAAAUAGCCACAUUGAUAUCGAGGAGGAUAUUUGUGCUCCUAAACAUGUGUUUGUGAAGGAACCUUCAGAAGUAUUAAUAUACCUAAAAAAAUAUGUCCCGGAAUGGAAAACAUAUAAUGAAAAAGUAGGAAUAAAACUUGGUGAUUGUACUAAACAAAUCAAAGACCUUAAUAAUUCACCAAAUAUUGUCAGGACCAUAGGUCGUCAUUUAAAUACAUUAAAAAUUAACAAUUAUAAUAAAAUUACUUUAGACUUUAAUGUAAAUAAUGACAAUGUAGAGGAAAGUAUUACAGCUAAUGAAAAAGAGGAUCAACGGGAAAGUAAUAAAAUUAUUAAGGCUAAAUCAAAAAGAUCUCAAGCAAAAAAUAUUCAUGAAAAAACAUUUGACUCUUUGCAAGAUUUCGACUUUCCUGUAACUCACGGAAACACAUUUAGUAGUAAUCAUAAAACGAAUUGCGGGCCAAAAGUUAUAAGAAAUGUCGGAAUUAUUAAGGCAUUUGAAGAUAAGUUAAAUAAUAAAUCGCUAGAAAAGUUCGAUUGUAAUUCAUUAAAUAAGCCAAACAGCCAUAUGAUUUAUGAAGAUAGAUUCGGAACAAAUAAACAUUUAAAGUUAAAUGAUAAGAUACACGGCGGAAAAGAUGUUUUAGACGGUAUAAGUGAAACAUUUACAGAUGAUACAGCGUAUGAGACGCAAGUUAAUAAUAUCUUUAAAAAAUCAGUGGAUAUUCAGUUCUUAGCUUCAGAUGCCUCCAAUGAUGACAGUGGAUUGGGAAAGGAAAACUACCACGCUUAUACAUUUAUAAAGACUUUUCUUGUUGAAAUGAGUUCGUCGUUGAAGUUAGUUUAUAAAUUUAUAAAUGACAGUGUUGUUGAAAUUAAAGGGAAAAAUAUCCAGGUAGAAAACAGGAAAGCUAUUUACGAUAAAUCAGAGAAAACGUAUAAGCUUCUAUCAGUUAUUACAGAUGAGUUAAAAAGAAUAAUUGAGAGGGAACCUGAAGAUGGCUCAACCAUAAAGUCAUUAUUAAUAAAAGCUGGAGUCGAUGUGACAGAUGACAAAAGAAUUACGCGAUACAGACAAGUUGUAACAAAAUGUUUAGAGCAAGUGCGACUUUUGCAGCAUGGUCUGAAGGUCCUGCUGAGCAUCACAAAUGAAAAUAGUAUUUCUAUGUCCAUAAUAUCGGAACAAGACUCAAAUAUUUGUUACUUCAAUAUAUUUGAAUGA